AUGCCUGUUAUCAACGUCAAGGACGACGAAGACUUCAAGACGCAGCUCGCCGCAGCCGGUACCAAACCAGUCAUUGUUGACUUCACUGCUGUCUGGUGCGGACCGUGCAAGAUGAUUGCGCCGGUGUUCGAGGCUCUCUCGAACCAGUAUCUCGGAGCCACUUUCCUGAAAGUCGACGUCGACGUCUGCGAGGGCACUUGCGCGAGCUACGGAAUUCAAGCGAUGCCCACUUUCUUGGUCUUCGUUAACGGGUAAUCAUCAGUAUAAAUCUGACAGCAGAACAAACAAUUCAAUGCAGAGCCAAAGUGGAGAUGAAGAAGGGAGCCGACAAAGAAGGUCUGGAAACUCUUGUCAAGAAGUACGCCCAAGACUCGACUUCCACUUCUCCCGUGGCCGGACAGAGCGAUCUCACCUCUCUGAUCGACAAGAAGCAGAUGGAAUGCUUGAACGGAUGCGAUGACACUCCCAUCGACCGGUUCAUCGAGGGAAACUGCAAUCUCGUGUCGGAUUGCGAUGAGCAGCUUAUAGUCUCGCUGCCAUUCCAUCAGCCAGUGAAAGUUCACUCUGUUCACAUCAAAGGAGUUGGAGAUCGCUCGCCGAAAAGAAUUAAGGUGUUCACGAACCUCCCAAAAACCCUCGAUUUCGACAAUGCUUCUGGUCUCGAACCGGUCCAGCUUCUGGAAUUCAACGAUUCGGCCACGAACGGCGAAGGCCAGAUUGUGCAACUGAAGUACGUGAAGUUCCAGAACGUUCAGAACAUUCAGUUCUUCAUCGAAGACAACAUCGGAGGUGGCGAGGUACAGUUUUACUUUUCUAUUUCGUAAACACAUUCGAACACGUUGCAGGUGACUGAGCUCGUCAAGCUCACCGUCUUCGGAACUCCGCUCUCCGCAGUCAACAUGAACGAGUUCAAGAGAGUGUCCGGAAAAGCCGGUGACGUCCACUAA